AUGGUGGACAGCAGCCAUCGAAGCAGCGGCCCGUCCCUUGAACAGCUGGAGAAGUCAAAGUUUGUGGUGGCAGCGAAGGUGACCUUUGGUACAGGUGGACCCGGUGGCCUCCCACGGGCAGGCGGUGUCUCAGGCCAGUCAAAUCCAACCUUUUACCUCCAGAAGGGUGGACGGGCUUAUGUGCUCAGGAAGAAGCCCCAUGGCCCCCUUUUACCAAGAGCUCACAAAGUUGAUAGAGAGUAUCAUGUGCAGAAAGCCUUAUUUUCAGCUGGAUUUCCAGUGCCUGAGCCCCUGUUGUAUUGCAGUGACAUUUCUAUCAUUGGAACAGAAUUUUAUGUAAUGCAGCAUGUGCAGGGUCGCAUCUUCCGAGACCUCUCACUGCCUGAAGUGGGCCCAGCUGAGCGUUCUGCUUUGUAUAUUGCAAUGAUAGAAACUUUGGCCCUGUUGCACUCCUUUGAUUUACAGUCAUUAGGUCUCCAAGGAUAUGGCAGAGGACCAGGAUACUGCAGAAGACAGGUAUCAACUUGGAAAAGACAGUAUGAUGCAGCUGCUCAUACAGAUAUUCCUGCCAUGAACAAGCUGGCUGAGUGGUUAGCAAACAACUUGCCACCUGAUGAUAAUGAAGAAAGCCUGAUUCAUGGAGACUUUAGAAUAGAUAACAUCAUCUUCCACCCAACAGAGGCUCGUGUUUUGGCAGUGCUGGACUGGGAACUUUCAACUGCUGGUCAUCCUUUAGCAGAUUUAGCAUAUGCCACUCUAUUCUACUUUCGGCCUACAUCUAUUAAGGACAUAGGUCAAGGAACUCCCUUGGGUUUCAAAGGCACUGUAGAAACUCCUUCAUUUGAAGAACUGGUUUCCAUUUACUGCCGCUGUCGGGGUAUUAGCACUACUUCAUCCAACUUUAAUUUUUUUCUUUCUUUGUCAUGUUUUAAAAUGGCAGCAAUAUCCCAGGGUAUAUAUGCUAGAUAUCUCAUUGGAAAUGCUGCUGCGGAGAAUAGUCAUGAAUUUGCUAAGAUUGUGAAGCCUCUGGCAGAGAGAGGGUUAGAGCUCUCAAAAAGGUCAUCUUUCAGCAGCACACAUCACAGCCUUUCUGGAGAGCUGUUCCAUCAAAGUAGGAAAGGCCAAGAAAUUCUGCUGAAGGUCAAGCAGUUCAUGAAGCAGCACAUAUAUCCAGCUGAGAAAGAAAUAAUAAAAUACUAUGCUGGACAUGGAAAUACUGAGGAAAAAUGGAAGAAACCUCCACUGCUUGAGAGAUUGAAGGAAAUGGCCAAAGCAGAAGGUCUGUGGAACCUUUUCCUCCCAGAUGUCAGUGGUCUCAGCCAGCUUGACUAUGCACUAAUAGCUGAGGAGACGGGGAAAUGCUUCUUUGCUCCUGAGGUUUUCAAUUGUCAUGCACCAGACACUGGAAACAUGGAGGUCCUGCACAUGUAUGGGACUGAAGAGCAAAAGAAACAGUGGUUGGAGCCUCUCCUAGAAGGGAAGAUUAGUUCUUGCUUCUGCAUGACAGAACCUGAUGUGGCUUCAAGUGAUGCCACCAAUAUGCAAUGCAGCAUUGAACGAGCUGGAAACAGUUAUGUGAUUAAUGGCAAGAAGUGGUGGAGCAGUGGUUCAGAAAUUAAUCUGAAAGUUGACUUGCAGAGCAACAGCGGCUGA